AUGUUGGUCACUGCGCAUGACCAUGUCGACCGCGUCAACUCACUCAUGAUGUUGUGUGGACAUUAUGACAUGUCAGGUGACUUUGCCUUUCGGGUUGGCCUCGCGGGGAAAUCUGGUGUGGGAGGAGGGAUCUUGGCGGUGGUACCAGAUGUAGGAACAUUGGCAGUCUGGUCUCCUAGACUCAACAAAGCUGGCAACUCGUACGCUGGAACCUUGGCUCUGGAAUGGUUCUCAGGGCGUACAGGCGUCAAUCUAUUCUAA